GUUUAAAAUUUAGAAAAAAAAAUAUACAAUUCGUUUUGCAAAAUGACUUACGUACAUUUACAAACAGUAACUUUUAUAUUUAUAUUAUCAAUGGUUAGAUUUUGCACCGCUUUAGAUGAUUUCUAUAAAAUUAGGGAAGAAAAAACGACAUUUUCACAUCUAGAAAAUGAAGGUGAUUUCGCAACAGAUAUACCAGUAUCUACACCAGAAUCUACUGAUCUCUUAAUAGGAACAUUACAAAUGGACCUUUACGAAUUUGUUGAUUUGGUUCCUGUUCAUGAAGUUAAUGAAAUACUAGAAAGAUACUAUAUAUCUGACACAAGUAUCCGUAAAGUAUAUGACUUUAUAGGAAAAUACAAUUACUCAUUUGUAGACACAAAAUUGACCGAACUAAUUGAAGUAAAAAGAGCACUUCGAUUUUUUAAAAGAAAAAAUAUUAAUUUAGAUGAAUUUAAGCAAUAUUUAUAUGAACGGUUCGGACCACACAAAAUUAAUAUAACGUUUGAAACCAUCAAAUAUUCUAAUUAUAGCGGAUUCUAUGCUAUGGUUGAUGACAUCUUAGAUGAAAUACCUCAUGACGAGUUGGUUACAUUAUUCUUUGAAAAAAUGGAAACAAGUAAUGAUUUUUCUGAUUUUUUAAACUGGAUUGGAGGUGAGGACUUCGAAGAAAUGAAAAACGCACUUCGCUUAAACAAGGAAGUACAAAGAUUUGUCUUUGGCUUACGGAACAAUGGAGUCGACAUUAUAAAAUUGUUCAAUAUUUUAAAAAAUUAUUUUGGAUUUGGCUUUAAAUAGUGUUUUUGUUUAUAUGCUUGAUUUGUAUUAUUCCAAAUGUGAGUAAUUUUACAUUAAAAGAAAUUCCACUAAUUAUUUUUAAAUCAUGAUGAAUAUAUUUAC